UGCAGGGCUGUGGCAAGUGUGCGUGUGCGUGUGAUACCAUUAGCGAUGCAAAGUCUUGCCGCUUACUGGUGGCAGACAUUAGUUCCAAAAAUAUGUCUGGAUGCUAUUUUUUGUAAGCCUCAACUAAAGACCCGGAACAAAAAAUGAACUGGGCCUCAUUUUAUGCUGUCAUCAGCGGCGUCAACAGACACGCCACAGGGAUCGGCCGCAUUUGGCUCUCAGUGCUUUUCAUUUUCCGAAUCCUGGUGCUGGUGGUGGCAGCAGAGAGUGUGUGGGGGGACGAAAAGUCGGGCUUCACCUGCAACACCCAGCAGCCGGGCUGCAACAGCGUCUGCUACGACCACUUCUUCCCCAUCUCCCACAUCCGCCUGUGGGCCCUGCAGCUCAUCUUGGUCUCCACGCCCGCCCUUCUGGUCGCCAUGCACGUGGCCCAUCGGCGCCAUGUGGACAAGAGGCUCUACACGCUGUCAGGGAAGAGCAACCCCAAAGACCUGGAGCAGAUUAAGACUCAGAAGUUGAGAAUCACCGGGGCCCUCUGGUGGACGUAUGUCAUCAGCCUGCUGUUCAGGGUCACAUUUGAGGUGACCUUCAUGUACAUCUUCUACAUGAUAUACCCCGGCUACAAGAUGAUCCGCCUGGUCAAAUGUGACUCCUACCCCUGUCCAAAUACAGUGGACUGCUUUGUUUCCAGGCCGACAGAGAAAACCGUCUUCACCGUGUUCAUGCUGGCUGUGUCGGGUGUUUGUAUCCUGCUCAACAUCGCAGAAGUCGUCUUCCUGCUAGGAAAGGCUUGCAGCAAGCAGUGGAACAAAGCUGGAGACAUGAAUAUGGGUGCUUGGCUGCAACAUAAACUCAUACUGGGGAAAUAAGGCCAACUGAAACUGUCACAUGUGGACCACACUCACCUACUACAAGUUUUGAUUUACAGUACACUAUUAUAUGAACGUGCAAGACCAUAUGUACUAUACAUGUUGAAGUAUGCUUACUAACACACUCAAUGGUCGCAAUAUUAGGCACACUUACACAUUAUAAUGACUCCUUUCUAUGCAAGCCUGUUUACACCACUAAAAAAAAACAAUACCCGUAUCGUAACUCAUGAUUAUAAGGUAAAAAGUCGAAAUUACGAGAUAAGCAAAUUGAAAUUACGAAAUAAAAAGUUGAAAAUACAAGACAAUAAAGUCCAAACUAUAGGAUAAAUAGUCAUGAUUAUGAAAUAGAAAGUCAUCUAGUGGUUGGAGUGUCCGCCCUGGGAUCGGUAGGUUGGGAGUUCAAACCCCGGCCGAGUCAUACCAAAGAUUAUAAAAAUGGGACCAUUACUUCCCUGCUUGGCACUCAGCAUCAAGGGUAGGAAUUGGGGGUUUGAUCUCCGAAAAUUAUUCCCGGGCACAGCCACCGCUGGUGCUCACUGCUCCCCUAACCUCCCAGGGGGUGAUCUAGGGUGAUGGGUCAAAUGCAGAGAAUAAUUUCACCACACCUCGUGUGUGUGGCAAUCAUUCUUACUUUAACUUUGUAAAUAUCAGACACAAAGAUGAAAUUCUGAGAUAAAAUGUAAAAUUCUGAGACAAGAAAGUCGAAAUUAUGGGAUAAAAAAUCGACAUUAGGAGAUAAAGUCGUCAUAAUGUGAUUGAAAAGUCAAAAAUGCCAUGCAUCCAUCCAUAUUCUACCGCUUAUUCCCUUCGGUAUCGCGUGGGGCGCUAGAGCCUAUCUCAACCACAAUUGGGCGGAAGGCGGGGCAAACCCUGGACAAGUCGCCACCUCAUCACAGGGCCAACACAGAUAGACAGACAACAUUCACGCACACAUUCACACACUAGGAAUAUUUUUUUUUAGUGUUGCCAAUAAAAAGUUGUAAAUGCUCAGUGGAAGUAUUUAAGUCCCACCUUAAAACUAGCUUUUAUAUAUACUCUGUUUUAGACCAGUUGACCUGCCGCUUCUCUUUUUUGCCCCCCUGGACUGCAUGGAGAGGUUACCAGGUGGCCACUGAUAAUACCUGAAGACGUAUCAGUCUGGAGGGGGCGUAGGCUGGUUUAAGUCGUAACCCGGGGUGGACCCCUCGUCGAUGACAUGAAAGAAGACCUCCUGUGACCUUCUACUAGCCCCAAAAGAAACUGGACUCACACAAUAUCAUGAACAAUUCAGUAACUGUACCCACUUGACAUCCAUUGCAGCCGGUCACCUGCGAUACCUUCCCAAGGUUUCUUCUUUUUCCCAUUUUGGGCUUUUUGAGUUUUUCCUUGGGUUCAGAUCAGCUGUGGGUUCAGAUCAGGAGAUGUUUGUGGUUUGUGCAGCCCUUUGAGGCACCUGUGUUAAAGGGCUAAAUAAAUAAACUUUGAUUCAGUGAUUGAUAAUUAUGACAUUAAAAGUCAUAAUUACAGGAUGAAAUGUCAAAAUUAUUGGGAAAAAAUAUCGUAAUUAUGAAAUAAACAAAAUUAAAUUACAAGAUAAAACAUAAUUAUAAUAUUUAAAAAAUCAUAUUUAUAAUAACAGAGUUAUAAUAUUAAAAUUUUUAAUCACAUAAUUAUUAGUUUAUCUCAUUAUAUUAACUCUUUAUCUAAAAAUUUUGACUUUUUAUCUGAUAAGCCAGCAGGCAAAACAUUUUGAUACAACAUUGAUCAUACAAAGCCCAAAACCAGUGAAGUUGGCAGCGUUUCUGGGUGUUGUUGAUAAAUGCCUUUCGCUUUGCAUUUUAGAGUUUUAACUUGCACUUACAGACAUAGCAACAAACUGAACUUACUGACUAGUGUUUUGUGAAGUGUUCCUGAGCCCAUGUGGUGAUAUCCUUUACACGCUGAUGUCGCUUUUUAAUGCAGUACCGCCUGAAGGAUCGAAGGUCCGUAAUAUCAUCGCUUACGUGCAGUGAUUUCUCCAAGUUCUCUAAACCUUUUGAUGAUAUUACGGACCAUAGAUGGUAAAAUACCUAAAUGCCUUGUAAUACUUAGUUGAGAAAUUUGGUUCUUAGACCGUUUGACAAUUUGCUCACACAUUUGUUCACAAAGUAGUGAACCUCAACCCAUCCUUGUUUUUUGAAUGACUGACCAUUUCAUUGAAGCUGCUUUUAUACCCAAUCAUGCCACCCACCUGUUCCCAAUUAGCCUGUUCACCUGUGGAUGUUCCAAAUAAGUGUUUGAUGAGCAUUCCUCAACUUUCUCAGUCUUUUUUGCCACUUGUGACAGCUUUUUUGAAACAUUUUGCAGGCAUCAAAUUCCAAAUGAGCUAAUAUUUACAAAAUAUAAAAAAGUUUUCCAGUUCGAACAUUUAGUAUCUUGUCUUUGCAGUGUGUUCAAUAGAAAAUAGGUUGAAAAGGAUUUGCAAAUCAUUGCAUUUUGUUUUUAUUUAUGAUUUACACAAUUUGCCAACUUCACUGGUUUUGGGUUUUGUACGUAUAUGUCCUUCAAAACCGACUCUGAAAAAAUGUUGAAAAAGUUGUGUUUGUAAAUUGAGACAACAUUGAUGUCCAACGUUUGAUCUAUGUUGGUUGGAAAAUGACCAAAUUUCAAUGCGUCAACAUUAUGGUAGAGUUGCUCAACAUCAGAACCUAAUUCAACAAAUUCUCAACAUUGUUUUAACGUAUUGUGCCUGAUGGGAAAUAUGACCCGUUUAUCUCAUAAUUAUGACUUACAAUGGGAAUAUGUUUUGUUCAGUCACAGCAACAGGCUUCCAUAAGUUUCCGUGUAAAAUCUGUAUACAAAAUUAUACUUUCGUAAUUAUAAUAAAAAAAUAUUAAUUGACGCAAAUAAAAAAGUAAUAAUUUGACAACAUGUUUAUUACAAUUUUUACAAUUGUAUCACGCAUUUAUACAUUUUAUUUGCUGUACUCUCAAUGGUGCCAAAAUACCUUAUAUUUGAUCAAAUGGAAUAUUCAUCACAUAAGCAAAAAAAACCCAAGUGACGUAAUUAAAGUUUUAUCUGUUAAAAAUAUAGCCUGAUCAGUCAAUUGAAGGAUUGCAAAACAUAAUUGAAUACAGUCGGGAUAUAGGAAUAAUAUAUAUUUUGUUAUCCAAUAUGUUUACACCACAUGUGCCAGAAGUAUAAUAAAUGUAUUCAACUUGUAUCCAGUAGGGUAGACACUAAUAUUAAAUGUACAAUACAUUCCUUUACUAUAUGUAACACGGUGCUCCAUUCAGAUGGAUGGUGGUUAGAACCCUCCUUUGAGGUAUUAAUGAAGCACUAGAUCUUUAAAUCAUAUAUUAAUAAAUUACUUUUACCACUGACCAGAUGUUGUAAAACUGUUAGUCUGAUGAAAAGUAAACCAUUGUUUACUUCAUUGGAUAUUUGGUGCUCCCUUUAGCCCAGGACAGACGGCACCUGUGAGUUUGCCUCUCUGACUGAUGAAGUUCCCCUUCUGCAAGCAGUAGAGCAGUUUUGGGAUAUCAUUAGCCUCACCACCUAGGGGGGGUCAGGUUGACCCCGCCGACAGCUGGACCUGCAGGGGCACGUCUCUUUUUAUGGAACACAUUAACACGCAGAGUAUUGACAGCAAAAAAAAACAAAAAACUACAUCAUGUUGGGUUUUGGUUAGUUAUCAUAAAAAUGAGAUUUCACAGUCACCUAAGGCUGUGUGUAACGUUUGUUCCGUGAUGUGGUAUUAUUUUGAGAUUAUAUCUCUCUAUCAGCAAUUCUAAUUUUAAAGGGUGAAAGGGGAUUAUAAUAAAGUAAUUUGUACAUUCAAUUUUUUUAACAUGGGCAUGAUGCAGUUUUUAAAUUUAAUGUUCAGACCAGGGUAUUAUUUGGAUUCUUGUUAAAAUAUUGAAAUGUUAUUCUUUACCUAAAAAGGUAUGGUCGCUAGAGCCUAUCUGAGCUGCAUCCGGGCGGAAGGCGGUGUACACCCUGGACAAGUCGCCACCUCAUCACAGCACUCCAUAAUAUCAUACAUAUUAAUAAAUAGAGCUAAAACCAUGUUCCUGUGGCCUGUGCCGUCUUCUUCUCCUGCACCGUAACAGUACUCGGUGAAAAAAGUUCUGAGAACCACUGACAUACU